ACUCAAUUUUUUAUAAAGUAUACCGUUUCAUCCUUUACUCUUUUACUGUAACAUGAGCUAUAUACGACAUUUCAUGUGCUUAAGUGUUUUUGUUUGUAAAGUCUGUUUACAUUAUGCGCUUGCAUUCCUGUAGAUGUUCAUAUAACGUCGUUGUUUUCUUUGGCAUUCUUCUAUUAUCAAAACCGAGACACGGGAAAUGUAAUCCCAUUACGAAUUCCCAUUUAAACGAGGACAUCAGGGAAUUUGCUCCAAAAGAAGACAGUAUUAAUUCUACAAAUGUUAGAACACUGCAGAAAGAGGAUCCAAAGCGGUAUACAGAUAUUGUUUCAUUUCGACCAAUAACUUUUAAGGACGUUCCCGAUAGCAAGCAAUCCAGUUCAAGCUAUGGACGAGGACUAGUUAGCAGAGACCAUCCAGGUUAUGCGCUACAUGAUUAUGAGGAAUAUCCUCAUAUCAACUACGGCUAUGACUAUCACCUGCCUGAUUCACACCACCACGGGUUUGAUCAUCACGAUUUCAAUCCCCAUCACGGGUAUUAUGAUGGACACCACGUGGGACAUCAUAGAUACUACAAUCAUGCAUUGGCUGCCAAAGCAGUACUGUGGCCAAUAGCAGGAAUCGCGCUACUAGGUGCAGCUGCCGCUUUGGUCAGCAAUCCAAUUCUUUUGCAACUUGGAGUUACGUCCGGAAAGCGGAGACGCAGAAACACUGAAGAAAUCACCGGCCCCGAAUUAAGCACGGAAAUUACGGAAUGGAGACCACUAAUCAACCGGAAAGUCGCGGCGAUAAAAACUGGAACUCAUUCGAAACCAGCUAAAACCAAACUUGUGCAUAGAAAAGCAAAAAGAAAUGAAUAUACAAGUACAACACAGCGUAUAAAUCCUAUAAAAACUUCUAUGACUGACUUAGAUAUCAAAGGUGCUAAUUCUCCAUUCGAAGACGAAGGAUCAGAUGAAUUUAAUUUUAUACCGAUAUCCAUAAUAACUAAAGAUGAUUAA